AUGAGUGGCAUGGUGUACAAGCAGGCACGAACAGCAGGAGGGCUGAAGUGGAAGAAGAGGAUUGCAAGGCUUGACCUCAAGUCCGGCAUCUUCACCCUCACUCCCUUGAUGGAAGUCGGAGAGCACCACGAUGCUCCCGCAGAGGCGAGCAGCAAGAAGAAGGUGACGGAGAUUAUCGACUCGUUCACCGUCGUCAGCAUGAGGAAUGAGAAGGAUAAAGACAACGCCGAUCAUCCAUGGAGGAUAGAGCUGCGCUUCUGCCACCUGGGAUCCAACUCUACUCAGACCGUGCUUCUCCUGGCGGUCAGGGACACCUCCGUGCGAGACGAGUGGCUGGCAGCUCUCAGGAACGUCAUCCAUGAUAAGGCGCAGAUACGGGAGCAAUACUCCAAGUACUUUGACCAAGAGUCUGAAAAGGAGAUCGAAAACUACGUCGAGAACAAGUCCAGGAUCCUGUCGACACCGCUGUCUGUAGUGCACGAGCUCUUUCAGAUCUACGAUCAGGACAACAGCGGGGCGUUGGAGCUGGGGGAGGUAGAGUACCUCUUCCAGGACUUGCUCUACACUUAUGGGAGGCAACUGCCGAUUGAAGACAUCAAGGCCCGGGCUUCAGAAUGCGUCCAGAUGUCGUCAUCGCUCCAACCAGGAAAGGUGACGAGGAGCGAGUUUGAAGACUACGUUGCAAACAACCCUUGCAUCUUCGGCAACAUGCUCAUGUGGCGGUGCAUGUUCUCCAAGUAUGCUCUAGAGAUCACCGACGAGAUCGAAGAGCCCGGCCUGAUCCAGCUGGUCCUCGACGUCAUGUCCUCAGCAGGGCGCUGCAUGGACAAGGAGGCAGGUCGUCGGUUCGCAAAGCAGAUCCUCAAGAACUACGGAGGUGACGAUGCCACCCUGAGCUUCCCGGCCUUCCUGCAGUACGCCAGCACGCGCGAGGACCUCUUCGGCUCCUUCGCCCCGCAGAGCACGACGUUCCGACCCGAGUCGAAGCGCAUCAUGAACCCGGCCGGCAGCCCUGGGGGAGAGCUGGGAAAGGACAACAACAUGACCCAGCUGAGCGACCAAGAGAUGAAGAUGGGGAUGGACUCAGGCUCGACAAGGCCUUACCCGAGCUCGAUAUCGGUCAGGAAGUCGCAGCGGUAUCCCAUCAUGCACGAGACCUUCAAGCGAAGUUCGCCCAUGCUGAAGAAGGAGAGCUCCAAUGCUCUGCUCGCCGAAGAGCCGUCGGUUCCUUCCGUCUUCAUCGGGCCCACCGACCACCCCAAGAGGCAGGGGUACUCGAUCAAGUGGCGGAAGCAUGCGGAAUCCACAGACGACAAGGGGCAAGGGGGGAAGGAGACCGAGUCAGGGCAGGAAAGGGAGGAGAACCAGCUCUUGAAAAGUCUGGGACGGUCCAUGUCGCUAGGAAACAUUUACUCCGUUCUCUCCGCGUCGGACGACACCUCGUCCAUGCCCAGCAGCGAUGGCGUCAAUACUCGGCCUGAUCGCCCGGGCAGGAACGACAAGGCACAGCUCCGCCGGCCUCUGGCCUCCUCCUCCUCCAAGAAAACCUCCGAGGUGAAGUCCUCCCCGCUCCUGCGCCGGCACAUCAACCACGAGCUCGGGGACCUCUACCGCUCCUACCAGCUACCAGGACGGCUCUUCCAAUCCAAGUCUUCCACCUCAGAGAGGAGGGCGGUGACGGCCAGCACGAGCAGCUCGAUCUUGCUGGAGGACGCAGAGUACGGCUCUCAGGCAAGUCAAACAUCCUUCCUUUAA